CGCGUUGAUUUUGCCGGUAAAAUAAGAAGAAUUGGCUAAUCAACAAUGUCAUCAGAAGUACUUCGAGGCAUUGAUCCACGUGGAUACUUUGCAACUUUUAUCAAAGAAGGAGUCUAUCCUGACGGACGUGGUCUUCUUGAUGAACAAAAACUUGUUUUUAAGCAAGGAGAAUGUGGCGGUGUUGGUUCAUCUGUCGUCAGUACCCAAGGAGUGACUGUUUCGUGUUCAAUUCAAGCUUCAGUUUCACUCGUUAGUGAUGCACCCCUGGUGGAUAUCAAAAUUGAAGGUUCUCAGCAGCUAUCAGAGAAAGACGCAGAGGACUGCAACAGUGUCUUGCUUUCGUUAUUCACAAAUAAUUGUUUCGUUCGACGCGAAAAUUUGCGAUGUUUGGAUGUCUGUGGCAAACCUUUGCCUCUGGAAUGGCAACUUCAUAUCAUUGUUAAAGUGCUCAGUCUCGAGGGAAACUUUUUGGAUGCAGCUGUGUGCGCUCUCGGUGCCGCUCUUGUAGAUGCAAAGCUCCCGUCGAUUGUAUUAAACCAUUCCGAGGGCGACGAAUCGACAAUUGAAAAAACACAAAUUCAAGCAGAUUACCGAACAAUGCAUCGAUUGACGCUCGAAGAACCUUUGAUGUGCUGUUCAUUCGGUAUUUUCGUUGACGUUAAUUCAGACAAAAAGUCUGAAGUUCUCCUCUUGUCUCCAACAUUAGAAGCAAUAUCAGUGUGUCGAGCAACUUGUUCUGUAAUUGUUGGAAAAGAUGAUCACAUGGUUAUGGUUCGUGAACGAGGACAGUUUUCUUCUUUCUCCCUUUUAAAGAAAAUGUGUCAAAUUACCGCCGAACGCCGACACAAAUUCGUGGAGUCUCUUCAAAACGUUGUUUGAUUAUUUAAUUUUGUUGCUCGUUUAAAUAUGUUUUCUGUUAUAAAUUGUUGUUUC